GAUAAUUGUUUUUGAUACCUGACUAUUUGUUAUUGGGUUAAUAUUAAGCAUAUUUACUUAAGAUUAAAUAAUGGCAGUCUUUAUGAACUAAAAUGCAGCUCUGAGUCUUCAACCCUCUGCUUACGUUAUAUACAGAUUUCCGAGUGAGCUUUCAAGUGAGCGUAGACGGCCAAAUCCCAUUUUUUUUAUAAAUAUCGAGCUCGAGACUCCAAUGAGCAUUAUUCGAUAUUCCUUAUAAAUAAGAAUUUGGCCAUCUAUGCCUACUUAAAAACUAACCCCCGUUAUAGGUAUUAUGUUAGUAAACAUGAUAUUAUUUUAUUUUAUUACUAGCUUUCACGCGCGUCACAUAUAACUACGAGAUAAAAUAUAGCCUAUGUCACAACCAGAUAAUGUAGUUUUCUAUGUGUGAAAGAAUUUUUGAAAUCAGUCGAUUAGUUAUGGAGUCUAUGCGCUACAAAUUAACAAAUAUUUCCUCUUCAAAACGUUAGUUUAGAAAAUUUCAGUUUCUUCUUGUAAGCAGGCUCAUCUUAUAUCGGAAUCACUGCUAUACAUGUGACAUUUUGCGGCGUUUCUGAAGUUUUGUUUCGUUGAUUAAAGUACGUACUUAAUUUUGCUUGACCUAUUUUUUUCAUCCUAACCUAGCCUAGCCUAAAAACUGUAAUCAGGUGCAGUUAAAGUAAGUCCGUAUAUACAUUGUACAAUAAAAGAAACUUUGGAAGUUAUAUUUCAAUACUAGAUACAAAAUACGUAUUUUGUAUCUUGUAUAUUCUUGUCAUUUAGUUUUAAGUAACAACAUUAUUUUAUCGCAUGCUGUGUUUACCUAUAAGUUGGCUUGUUAUUUUUAGUUAAGAUUUAUUUAUAAUAAGAAAUGUAAUAGCAUGUAAUAUUGUAUAUGUAAAAGCCGUUGGUAGACCGAAUAAAAUAAAUAAAUAAAUAUAUGUUUUUCAAAUACUUGUAUUUAGAUUAAGUCACUUUUCUGCUUUUUACAUGCCCUUCCGACGCAUGGAUUAUUUCACUUGUCAGGCAAUCGGGUUUUCAGCCCAUAAUGCCUUAACCUGACUGCGACCAAACACACUAAGUAUGUGCCGUCGCGCGGAUUCUAAUUUCUAACCCACGACCUUCCGGGUUAUAGCAAAAACCAACAUAUUUAAAGUCAUGAUUCCAACCAAUGAAUGAUGCUGUGCUCUGUGAUUGGCCCAUUUGAAUUGGAUCAAAUAAGUACGGAGUGGAUUUGUAUAAAUUUUAGCUAUUUAAAAAAGUAUAUUGACGAGUAAUUGUUGAUCCAAACGGUGCCACUAACUCACGUACAUAUGGUAUUGGAUCAACAAAUUAAGCAUGGAUCAACAAAUUCAAGCGGAUCAAUUUAAAACUGAUCAUACCUAACGCUGGAUCUAACAAUGCCUAGUGGAGAAAACUAUAUAUAUAUGUAUAGAUAUAUAUUUAUAUGUACAUAUGUUUUUACUUUUAUUAUAUGUUACAAUAUUAAGCACAUCACUAAAUCACACUAAGGACAUCACUAUAAAAAAAAAGGUUUAAUAUGUGUCUAUGGUCUAUGUCCUCCUUCUUCCUCUAUGAUCGGCUUCUAACAUGUAAAACGUUUUUUUUCGUCAAGUUAUAUUUUGUAUUAACAAAUAAUAAAGGGCUAAUUAGAAGAAAUAUAUGUGUUUAUUAUCUCAACAUUAUAUACCCCUAACCAGUAUUAAUUUUAUUUUUCCACUGUCCACUCCUUAUGAGCGUAAAAGGGUUAUAAGAAAAUAUGAUACUUUAUAUAAAAAGUGGUUCAUGACUCCCGAACUUCCCCUACUUGUUUGUGUAUAUGUGAUAAAAACAGUCAUGAACUCUUGUAAUAGUUCACUCCGACAUUUGCACCCAGCAAGUAUUAAUUAUCACAUUGCUUUUAAAAUGUAUCUAUAAGUAAACACAAUAAUUAUUUUUUACCCAGUGCCAAAGGUUUGUCUUUUGGUUCAGAUGGAUAUAUAUGUUCUUAAAAGUGUUUAGCCUUAUAAGUCGAGGCCUACUUGUAGAAGACACGCGGUAUACAAUACUCAAAUUGGAAUAUAAACAAGUUUAUUCCAAAAAAAUAUAAAAAUGUUACGGAGUAAAGUAUGUCACCUGCGUAAAAGACGUGAAUUAUUUAAGAAGCGAUUACAUAGUGCUGGAAAAUUGUCUGAUAAUGUAGCUUUUCAAAUAAUAAAUAAAAACAUGAGAAAACCAGCACAGUUGUUUGUUCUCAUGCACAUGCAUAAAGCUACAGACGAAAAAGAAAACGAAGGGAAGACGAUUUUCACUAGAGGAAUAAAUUUUGUCAUUGUCUUUAUUAAAAAAAAAGUCCCAAGUAUUACAUACUUCUGUGCAAAAUUUUACCAUCUAUCUACCAUCAAGAACGAUGAAACGUACUUUAAGCCAAAUUAAGAUAACUCCAGAAAUCAAUCCUACAAUUUAUAAAAGGUUGAAAAUGACACUGCUGGAAAUAGAGAACAAAGAUCGUUUUUGCACUGUUCUGUUUGACGAAAUGUCAAUAACUCCCCAUGUGUUAUAUGAUCCAUACAAAGAUGAAAUAAGAGUUUGCUUCAAAUAAAAAAUGGUCUCAUAACCAUGCUUUGGUUUUUAUGAUAAAAGGCAUUGUUCGAUACAAUUAUUCGACAUAAAUAUAAGUGGCAAAACUUAGUUGUUUGCAACACCGAACGCUGGUGACGCUCGCCCCUUUUUUUUCUUUUUUUCCCCGGGACUGCGACGCAUCAUGGCUGCCAUGCAAAAUUAUUUAAUUGUUAACUAUAUAGGGCGAAGUCCCGUAACGCCGGACGGCACCUAGCGCCGGACACUCGUACUAUUCAAGCGAGUAUAAAGCAGUUCGAUUCAAAAUACAAGUGAAAGGGGCGCGGGGGGCACAGGAUCACGCGCCGCGCCUCGCCAGUGACGCACACGGCCGCGGCUGGAGUAACCGUUUGCUGUUUUAGGCGCGAAAUCACGGCGUCACCUAAAUAUCAAUAGUAUAGAAGAAAGAAGAUAAUUAAAAUGGAAGAGAAGAAAAAGAAAGGAUCCUGGGAGCCACAGAGCUUACAAACUGCUAUUGAUAAGGUUAUGUCAAAAGAACUGAGUGUAAGACAAGCUGCAAUGCGAUACAAUAUUCCUAAAAGCACUAUACAUGAUAAAAUAAAGGCCCUAAAUCGAGGAGAAGAAGUAACAAUGAAACCAAAGUUAGGUAGGUUCACUAACACCUUCUCAGCAGAGUAUGAACAAGUCUUGGUGGACCACAUUAAAGAUUUAUCGAAUAGAUGGAUGCCGCUCAUGAAAAAGGAGUUUCUAAAAUUAGCAUACGACUUAGCUGAAGUCAUGAAGAUUCCUCAUCGAUUUAAUAAAGAAAAAGGCAGUGCUGGUAAACAUUUUUAUUACGACUUCAUGAAAAGGCAUUCUGACAUUUCGUUGAGAGCACCGGAAUCGUCAAGCAUGAUGCGCGCCGUAGAAUUUAACAAAUCACAAGUGGAUCUAUUCUACGACAACCUUGAAAAGCUGAUGAAACAGUACAAAUUCACACCCUCAAGAAUUUAUAACUGUGAUGAAACUGGUGUCAGUUGCGUGCACAAACAUCAAAAAGUUCUUGCUCCGAAAGCCAUCCGUCAAGUAGGUAAGCUCACUUCUGCUGAGAGAGGCAAAAAUAUCACAGUUUUGUUCUGUAUGAGUGCUAACGGUCACUUCAUACCCCCAUUUUUCGUAUUUCCUAGGCAAAGAAUGAAUGAAAGGCUAAUGAUGAAUGCUCCAGAUGAGAGCAUCGGUGUGGCCCAGCCUUUUUUUUUGCAAUAUCUAAGAAUAUUCGUCAAACACACGCAACCAACCAAAGAGAACCCUGUGUUGCUUCUACUGGAUGGCCAUUGCAGCCACAAGACAUUGGCGGUUAUCAAUUUUUGCAGAGAAAAUCAUAUUCACUUGAUGAGUUCACCACCACACACUACGCACAAGCUUCAGCCUCUGGACAGGACAUUUAUGAAACCAUUUAAAGACGCAUACAACCAACAAUGCGACUUGUGGAUGAGAAUAAAUGCUGGAUGUCGGAUAACGGAUUACGACAUUGCUGGUUUGGUAAAAGAGGCAUUUAUUAAAGUAGCUCGAUUGGAUAUUGCAGUAUCUGGAUUCAAAUGCACUGGAAUCCAUCCAUUUGACAGGCAUUUAUUUUCUGACUUAGAUUAUUUGCCUGCAGAUAUGACCAAUAUACCACCAGAACAAACAGAAACUGCAUCGAAUGCACUAAACAACGAACAAGCUGUCGUGGUAUCAAACUUAAUCACAAAAGAGCAAAUGAAAGAAUCUGAACAAUCUAAUAGUGAUCCUAUAACCACAAGUCCCAAACCGUCGACAAGUUCUGCUCCCGAUCUUGUUCAGAUAAUCCAUAACUUAUCACCUUUGCCUGACAAAGCAAAAAAACGAACAGCAUCUCGAAAAAGAAAGAGUGAACGAAGUGAAAUUUUAACUUCAUCGCCAUACAAAAAAGUGGCAGAAGAAAAAGAAAAUGAAAAGAACAUGAAAGAUAAAAAGAAGGAAAUAAAAUCUAAGUUUGAAGUAGCAAUGGGAGGUAAAGGAAAGCAAACCAAAGGAAUUAAAACCAAAGGAAAGAGCGUAGACAAAGAAAAAGAAGCGAAAAACGUGAAAGCCACAGGAAAGAAAGGAAAUGCAGUAGAACCAUUAACUGAAACAUCUAACACAAACAUAACAAUUUGCGUAGUUUGCUUAGAAGACACUGACGAAGACUGGAUCCAGUGCUCAUCCUGUCGUGGGUGGGUACAUGAAGCAUGUGCAGACAUUCCAGAGUGUGGAGAUGGCUACAUAUGUGAUCGAUGCAGGUUAUUUUGAAAUGUCCGGUGUUAGGGGUAUGGCACAAAUAUUCGUCCGGUACUAGGUGCCACUUUUUAAAAUUAUAAUUUUUGUUACCAAAGUUUGAUUGAUAGUAUUAAUUAUUUUUUAGCAGAGGUUGCAUUUUUGUUAAUUUAAUUUGAUUUCUAACUUUGUUAUCUAAUAUAAGUCAUAAUUUAAUAAACAUUCCUAAAAUAUUUUUUGUUUUAUUUAUAAAUAACCUUAGGUGUCCGCCACUAGGGGACUUCCCCCUAUAUGAAAAUACAGUCCAUUAUACAAUCCGUUGCUUUUUCAUUAAACAGGCAGAAAAAAAUAAUUAAGCGGCCGUUAGCGUAUUAUUUCACCAAUGGACCUAAUAAGGUAGAGUUAAAAAUAUUAAUACGAACUGUCUUGGUAUAUAGAAUUGACGCUGGGCGUAUCGUAAUCAGCGCAAC